GCCGGUGAAGGACUGUUCCAGCGCAGGGGAGCAGCUAAACCAGUCCGACAGGUGUGAACCGUAGCAUAGCGUAUCUCAGGAGGCGUUUCUCUCAGUGGACAGUGUGCCGCCACACACCAUCCAGUCCUCCGUGCAGCUUCGAGGAGCCGGUAAAGAUGGCGACGUUGACCCUGGGGCUGUUGGCAUGCAGCCUCCUCCUGCUCUACCUCAUCCUGGAGUCUAGGGAGUCCUUUACAGCUUUGGCUGGCUGGAGACCAGAGGACAUUCCUCCGCAGAUGUUACGCCAGAAAAGAGCGACACCAGAUGAGGCGACGUUUAACUGGACGUACGUGAUCGACAUCGAAGUGAACGGUUCCUCCGGCCUCAUAGCCGCACUGAACAACAUCAGCCUCCCGGUCCAACUCAACAACAUUACCCAGAUCAGCCAGAUUCAGGUCACCACAGCAUGCACGCCGGUGGGCGCGGGUGAGCAGUGCCGCUGCCAGGAAGGGUUCGCCUGGCCAAUCGAGAGCUGCCUGGCCCACGGCGCCUGUGAUGUCAUCGCCGAGGGUGUCUGCACCUGCAUCAACGGCCGCCCCGCCGACGGGCAGUCCUGUCAACCAAUCGAAUGUGAGCUGCACCCCCCCCUCCCAUUACCCGUGUCACUGCAGGCGGAGGUGGUGCUGGAGGUGGUGGUGGAGCUCCACCUCAUAGACCUGGCCACCCUGGAGACUCUCCGCGCCCGGCUGGAGAACAGCAGCUUCCCGCUGGCCCUCAGUCCUGCUGUCGAGAUCACGGACAUCAACAUCACCACAGCAAAAUGUUUUCACUUGAUUGCCAGAUGUUACAAUUACAUAACGGCUUCCCAACAUAAAUGGAGAUAUUGUGUUUUUCUGUCCUCAGUUUGCUCUCCAUUCGGGGCUGGGUUCCAAUGCACAUGUGAGGAUCCGUAUCGCUGGCCAUGUGACAAGUGUCUUCUGCAUGGGUCAUGUGACAACAUCACUGAUGAGACGUGUGGAUGCAUCAAUGCCCUUCCCCCUGAUGAAGAAUACUGCCAGCUCUCCCAACUCAUCAAUACAACUUGUCCUAUCACAACUUCUGCACCUCCGUCCACAACUUCUGCACCUCCGUCCACCACUUCUCCACCUCCGUCCACCACUUCUCCACCUCCAUCCACAACUUCUCCACCUCCAUCAACCACUUCUCCACCUCCAUCAACCACUACUCCAAAUCCAUCCACCACUUCUCCACCUCCAUCAACAAGUCCUCCACUGGUCUAUGAGUACCUGACUACUAUUGAGAUGCAAACCACAAAUGUUACAGUGAUAGAGGAACUGAGGAUUAUCCUGGAUAACAUCAGCUACCCCUUCCCCAUCGACAGCAACAUACUGAUCUCUGAGGUCAACAUCACCACAGUUUGCUCUCCAUUCGGGGCUGGGUUCCAAUGCACAUGUGAGGAUCCGUAUCGCUGGCCAUGUGACAAGUGUCUUCUGCAUGGGUCAUGUGACAACAUCACUGAUGAGACGUGUGGAUGCAUCAAUGCCCUUCCCCCUGAUGAAGAAUACUGCCAGCUCUCCCAACUCAUCAAUACAACUUGUCCUAUCACGACUUCUGCACCUCCGUUCACCACUUCUCCACCUCCAUCAACCACUUCUCCACCUCCAUCAACCACUUCUCCACCUCCAUCAACCACUUCUCCACCACCUCCAUCAACCACUUCUCCACCUCCAUCAACCACUUCUCCACCUCCAUCAACCACUUCUCCACCUCCAUCAACCACUUCUCCAAAUCCAUCCACCACUUCUCAACCUCCAUCAACAAGUCCUCCAGUGGUCUAUGAGUACCUGACUACUAUCGAGAUGCAAACCACAAAUGUUACAGUGAUUGAGGAACUGAGGAGCAUCCUGGAUAACAUCAGCUACCCCUUCCCCAUCGACAGCAACAUACUGAUCUCUGAGGUCAACAUCACCACAGUUUGCUCUCCAUUCGGGGCUGGGUUCCAAUGCACAUGUGAGGAUCCGUAUCGCUGGCCAUGUGACAAGUGUCUUCUGCAUGGGUCAUGUGACAACAUCACUGAUGAGACGUGUGGAUGCAUCAAUGCCCUUCCUCCUGAUGAAGAAUACUGCCAGCUCUCCCAACAAAUCCCACUCAGGAGGACGGAGGAUGUGAUAGAUGACGAUCACUGCAAUCAUGUGAAGGAUAUAACGCGUGUUCUCUUGUGCCUUUCAGAUGAGAUCGAGGUGGUCAUGUUAUUGACCCUAGACCUGACCUUCACUCCAGAACUGAGUAUUCCAACGAGCAGCCAGUUCAUAGCCCUGAGAGGAAGAGUACAGCCAGUGCUGGAGGCAAACUAUCGAUCGCUCACAGGAUUCAGGUCGAUUAAUGUGCGAGGAUUCAGCGCGGGAAGUGUCGUCGUCGACUUCACCAUCGGGACGACCACGGUGGUUGAUGAAGAGUUGACGGCCGCCAACGACAACCUGGAGCAGAGCUUUGAGCCCAUCGCCGCGGUGCUGGGCUUCUUCAGACUCUUCACCAGCCCUGACCCCAUCACCUUCCCCAGCCCGGUGUACACGGGCCAGGCCCGGACACUGACCUGUGGACCCCCGCCUCCCCAGGCGGGCAUCGGGGGGGUGACCGGCGUCUCCUGGACUUUGGGCACCAAUCCCGUCCAGAACCGAGGCCGCUUCCAGAUAACCAGUAGCGCCACAGGCUCCAGGCUGACCAUCAGCAACCUGAUCCCCUCGGACAGGGGUGCAUUCACCUGCACGCUGGUGAGCGGAGCUCUGGGGUUCAUCCAGUGUGGACGCUUCACCACGGCAACCCUCCUGGCAGCUCCCGUCCUCCUGGUCAAGAGAGAGAGCAACGCCGUCUGUAGUGGCGGCUUCAAUACAGAGACGCGGAGAUGCUGUGUCCAGCCGCCCUACAGGCCUCAGUGGGUCGGUGUGACACCAGGUAAGCACCACCCUACAGUCACAGCUCCAAGGACAUCCCAGUUAAUGUGCUUCAGAAAAAGCUUUUAUGUACAUGAAGUUUUGUAUCAUAAAAAGAAAAAAUAUAGGAAUACACAGGAUGUAAAUGUUCCCGCCCUUUGUCCACCUGGAACAGUGCAGGAGAGCGUGGAGCAGGGAAACAACUGUGUGCAAUAUAACUACAGGUUCGACUGCACGGCCACCACGAAUACCACCAUCUGCCGCGUCAUAGACCACCCCUCCUUCGAGGCCCGCAGCCGGCUCAACAUCAUCACAGCAGCAGCAGUCAUCUGCAACAACACGCUGUACGGCGAGGGCAGGGUGGGGGACGAGUCCCGUCCCGGGUGUGAUAUCGGUUUGGAGGGGGAGCGCCUCGCUGAGUGCCAGGCCAGCGGGGUGUGGCUGACCCGGAUCAACACCUGCAUCCUCACCAGGAUCAACGACCUCCUGACCCAGUCCGAGAGUUUGAAUCAGAAUAGUGUUCCAACGUUCGUGGCAGACCUCAGCGGCGUGGUCAGCGACAAUCAAACCCAAAUAACGGAUUCCCCGGUCACCAUUUCAGCCAUCGUUGACAUCCUGAUCAACGUGGGCAACGUGAGCACGGAAAUCGAGGAGGGCACCAUGCAGAGCAUCCUGAACACGGUGGAUGUGAUCGUUGGCAACGACACCAUCGGAUCGUGGGCUGAUCUGAACGCCAACCGAUCCCUCAACACCAGCUCCUUGUUCCUGGGCUCCAUGGAGACCAUCACCCAGUUCCUGAGCGGGGACGACUUCUCCGUCACCACGUCCAGCAUCCUGCUGAACAGAACCCAGUUAAGCGACUCCUUCAUGGCCGACAUCAACUCCAGCCUGGUCAUCAAUCUCCAGAACACCAACCUCACCAACACCUUCAUCACUACCAUCACCUUCUCCACCCUGAGCAACGUCCUGCCCCCCCGCACCAACACCAGCUUCAACGCCAGCCAGGACGCCAACGCCACCGGGCCGGAGAUCCGGAUCAACGCGGCGGUGGUGCUGAUCCAGCUGAACGGGUCCAGGGCGCUGCGGCCCAACCUGACGCUGUCCUACCGCAAGCGGAACACCUCGCUCACCGAGGACCCGCAGUGCGUCUUCUGGAACUUCCAGCUGCUCGACUUUCAGGGCGGCUGGGACGAAGAGGGUUGCACCUUCGUCUCGGACGUGGACGACGUGGUGGAAUGCAACUGCGACCACCUGACCUCCUUCUCCAUGCUCAUGUCCACGGGCCUCCCGCCGGGAGCCGCGGAGGCCCUGGACAUCAUCACCUACAUCGGCGUGGCCAUCUCCAUCGUGAGCCUGGUCAUCUGUCUGAUCAUCGAGGCGCUCACCUGGAAGGCCAUGACCGGGAACCCCACCUCCUACCUGCGCCACGUGUCGCUGGUCAACAUCGCCGUGUCCCUGCUCAUCGCCGACAUCUGGUUCAUCAUCGGCGCCGCCAUCACCUCGGAGACGGACCCGACGGAGAUCGUGCCCCUGGCGGCCUGCAGCGCGGCCACCUUCUUCAUCCACCUCUUCUACCUGGCGCUCUUCUUCUGGAUGCUGGUGUCGGCGCUGCUGCUCUUCUACCGGACGGUCAUGGUCUUCUCCCACAUGUCCAAGGCCACCAUGCUGGCCAUCGGCUUCUCGCUGGGCUACGGCGCGCCCCUGGUCAUCGCCGUGGUGACGGUGGCGGCCACGGCGCCGCAGGUUCCCCAGGGGUACAUCCGGGACAACAACGGCUGCUGGCUGAGGUGGGAGGACACCUUCGCCCUGCUGGCCUUCAUCAUCCCCGCCGGGGUCAUCGUCUUCAUCAACUUUGUCAUCCUGAUCGUGGUGCUGACGAAGAUGCUGCGCCGCGGCGUUGAGAGCAGCCACGCCGAGGAGAAGAACACUCUGCUGGUCAUCUUAAGAAGCGUGGCCAUCUUGUUCCCCACCUUCGGGCUCACCUGGGCUCUCGGUGUUGGGGUGAUGGUGGCUCCGAGGAAUUUGGGGCUUCAUGUCACCUUUGCGCUAUUCAACUCCUUACAGGGGUUCUUCAUUCUUGUGUUCGGGACCCUCAUGGACCCAAAGAUCCGAGCUGUUCUGUCCAGAACCGUCCCAGCCCUCAACUCCUCCUCCAACCAGACCCGGACUACCAGUGGAGGAGGAUCGUCGACUGGCAUAUUCGCGCUCCUCAACAGGAUACGAGGACGACGCGAUGUGUACCACGUGACGAGCACGGGUAGCAACAGCAGCUCCAACACCGCAUCAGAAUCCUACCUCAACGAUUGAUUUUGAACGUUUGUUAUUCAAUCUUAACGCUGUGACGUAACACAGAGCACUUUUCAUGUCUUGCAGGGAAUAUUAAAUAUGGGGAUUGUUGCUUUCACCGAGAUUCUGUUUUACUUUUAUUGGUUUUGUGUUUAUUUGAAAUCUCAAUAAAAGUUGUACAUUUUAUGUUUUACAAUGAAUGGAUUUUAUAGUACGUUUUUUCAUUGUCUUUUACAAUUUAAAUUAUUGAAGAAAAUAUGUGACUUCAGUAAGUACGAAUUAGGAUGCAUAGCUGUAAUACAGAAGCAGAGACAGACAAAAGGUCAAUAUGUUUGUAAUACUAUGUGGCAGGGAGACACUAUAUAAUGCUUUUUUGUACAACGUCAUUGGAAAUUUGGAAACUAAAUUCUAAAUAACUGGUUGCCUUGUAGGCAUACAUAAUCAUGCAUAGAUAUAGUCAUCCAGUUUCAACCCUGGCAUCCAAGAACGUUUCAGGAGAAGUGAAACACUACCUGAUAAUCAACUCAAUAUAUAAAAUAAACAACGAACCAUAGACUUUAGGCUACAUGGUUUCAACGUGAAAAUGCAUUUCUUUCUCUGACCUGAGCAGGGCGCUGGUUGUACUCAUGUCAUUAAACCGUGUCAAUAAACUCUUUAUCAACUACAGUGAA